AAUGAAAGUUUUAAUAAGUCUAACUAGUCUAUUGCUGGCAAUAAAUUUUGGCAUUUCAUAUGGAUCACCCGAGGAUCUGAUUUAUGGUUAUGUCUGCCGCCAAGGAAAAUGCCUUAAAGAAGAAUUAUCGGAAAAGAAUUGGAAUACAGCCAUCAGUUUACCGGUAUGUCGAAUGUUUUGUGGCGAUACAAUCGGUACACUAUGGCCCAAACCAAGUGGCCUUGUAGAUAUGGAAAAUAUGCUAUUGCAUAUCAGUAAGGAUAUCAUUGAAUUUAAUGUGCCUUCAUAUACAAAACAAGCUAAGCUAUGGGAUGCAAAUCGGGAACGUUUUAUGGACAUUCUAAAUAAUAAGGUACCGAAUCAUGAAGUAUUGCGUAAGGAGGGACAUCCUGUGACAAUUACGAUUGAAUUGAAUGAUAAGAAUAAGGCUAAUGAGGAAGUACCACGUCUGACUUUGGAUACCGAUGAAAGUUAUAAAUUAGACAUUACCACAAUGGAUAAAACAAAGGUGGAGGUUAAAAUUACCGCAGAUAAUUAUUUUGGUGCCCGCCACGCUCUGGAGACAUUGAGUCAAUUGAUUGUGUACGAUGAUAUUAGACGUGAAUUGCAAAUGUUGGCCAAGGCAAGCAUUGAAGAUGGACCGGCAUUUAAAUGGCGUGGUUUGUUGUUGGAUACUUCAAGGAAUUUCUAUACCACCAAGGCCAUUAAGAGGACAUUGGAUGCCAUGGCCAUGGUCAAGCUCAAUACAUUCCAUUGGCACAUUACCGAUUCACAUAGUUUCCCCUUGGAAGUGAAAUCCCGCCCAGAAUUAUAUAAACUCGGUGCCUACUCGCCCCGCAAAGUCUACAGCCAUGAAGAUAUAGCCGAGAUUGUUGAAUAUGGUCGUGUACGAGGUAUUCGAGUUAUGCCUGAGUUUGACGCUCCCGCCCAUGUGGGUGAGGGUUGGCAGCAUAAAAACAUGACCGCUUGCUUUAAUGCCCAACCAUGGAAAGAUUACUGUGUUGAACCACCAUGUGGUCAAUUGGAUCCCACUGUAGAUGAAAUGUAUUCGGUUUUGGAAGAUAUUUAUCGGGAAAUGUUCGAUCUCUUUAAGCCAGAUGUAUUCCACAUGGGCGGUGAUGAAGUUUCCGUCAGUUGUUGGAAUAGCAGUGAACAAAUACGAACAUGGAUGACAUCAAAACAAGGUUGGGGUUUGCAGGAGAGUGAUUUUAUACGUUUGUGGGGUCAUUUCCAAACACAAGCUUUAAAUCGUGUUGACAAAGUUGCCGGAGAAAAGGUGCCCAUUACCUUGUGGACCAGUCAUUUAACUGAUGUCCCCUAUUUGGAUGAUUAUUUGGAUAAAGAACGUUAUAUUAUACAAAUCUGGACCACCGGUAUGGAUCCUAAAGUCACGGAUAUUCUUAAAAGAGGUUUCCGUGUUAUUGUCUCCAAUUAUGAUGCUCUCUAUUUUGAUUGUGGUGGUGCCGGUUGGGUUACGGAUGGCAAUAACUGGUGUUCUCCCUAUAUUGGCUGGCAAAAGGUCUAUGAAAAUCGUAUGGAAAAAAUUGCCGGUGAUUAUGUGCCACUCGUUAUGGGUGCCGAAGCAGCCAUAUGGUCAGAACAAAUCGAUGAACACACUUUGGAUCAAAGGUUCUGGCCACGUGCCAGUGCCAUGGCUGAACGUUUAUGGACCAAUAGCAAAGAUUCAUGGCGUCAGGCUGAACCUCGUAUGUUGGUACAUCGUGAACGUUUGGUGGAAAAUGGUAUUGCUGCUGAAGCUCUACAACCUGAAUGGUGUUUACAAAAUCAAAAUGAAUGUCCCAUUGAUGCCUAUACGACCCUCAAGAGAGCAUAA